AUGGAAACCAUUCUGGAGGGCCUCCCGGGUGUCACCAAUUUUUUCGACGAUAUCAUAAUUCCCGCUGAUGGAUUCGAUAACUUAUUAUCAGUACUCUCGGCUACGCUGGAACGAUUGAGAACUCAUGGCAUACGACUUAAUCGAGCAAAGUGCGUCUUUGCUACUCCGACCCUGGAAUGCUUGGGACACAAGAUAGAUCGUCAUGGUUUUCACAAGUCGGACAAACACAUCGCAGCCAUUCGUGAUGCACCUCAGCCUACAACUCCGGAACAAUUGCAGUUGUUUCUGGGGAAAGCGACGUACUACAGUGCGUAUAUCUCCAACCUCUCCGAUAGAACUCGACCAUUGCGAGACAUGCUACUUACUGAUCCUUUUAAAUGGACACUGGAUGCAGAGAAGGCAUAUCAAGACAUCAAAGAGGCCCUAAUUUCACCCCAAGUAUUAAUGCAGUAUGAUCCAUCUCUUCCGUUGAUCCUGGCCACGGAUGCGAGCAAAACAGACCACAAGCCACUGACACAGAUUUUGCACCCCGAGAAGUCCCUUCCAACACUUUGUAUCAGCCGAAUGGCGAACUACGCAGAUUACCUAGCACACUUCAACUUCGACGUCGUCUUUAAACCUACAGACCAGAACACAAAUGCCGACUACUGUUCCCGGAUACCACAUCCAUCAACACGAAACGAAGUCAACAAACUGUCUCUUCACGGGGGAAGAAAUGUUAGUGAAGAAGAUGGAAUCGAUCGAUUUGCCCUACACCAAAUUCAACAGUUGCCAGUUCGUGCUGAACACAUAGCGCGCGAGACACGCAAGAACCCUCAUCUUGGCAAAAUAGUACAGGAGUUGGAAGCAGGUCGCAAUCUCGCACGUAUUGGCUACAAGGCCCCGGAAGCGUGUUACACACUCGCCGCCAACUGCUUACUCUUUGAGCAUAGAGUAGUUAUACCUUCAACGCUGAGACAGCCAAUCCUGGAUGACCUACACACAGCCCACAUCGGUAUUGUAAAAAUGAAGGGUUUAGCGCGAUCCUUCAUCUACUGGCCAGGUAUAGACUCGGACAUCGAACGGUCUGCUAAAUCAUGUGUGGAAUGCGCACGCCAUGCACAUGCUCCGCCGAAGUUCAGCGACCACCACUGGGAGUAUCCGAAGGGGCCGUGGGGACGAGUUCACAUCGAUUACGCAGGGCCAGUGGCAGGUGCAAUGCUGCUAGUCAUCGUCGAUGCUUACAGUAAGUGGCUUGAAGUUAAAGUCACCAAUUCGUCUACAACAGAGGCCACAAUUAAAAUUCUGGAUGAAUUAUUCGCUGCAUACGGUGUGCCAACAACCAUCGUCUCGGACAACGGCACUCAGUUCACUGCUGCCGAGUUUAAGACCUUCCUACAAAGAAGCGGAGUGACAUUCCACAAGUUUUCAGCACCAUACCAUCCAGCUACAAAUGGCCAGGCAGAACGAUACGUCCAAACGGUGAAAGACACCCUGAAAGCGAUGUCCACAACGAGAAAUUCACUACAAACAAAUUUGAAUGAAUUGUUGC